AUGAGAGAAUGCAAGCUUCUUUCUUUUGCCAUUGUUUUGGUUCUGUUUCUUGUUAAUGGCGUUAAUGGUGAAGACCCAUAUAGGCUCUUCACUUGGAAAAUCACUUAUGGUGACAUUUAUCCUCUUGGUGUUAAGCAACAGGGGAUCUUGAUCAAUGGGCAAUUUCCAGGGCCUCAGAUCGAUGCUGUAACAAACGAUAACUUGGUCAUCAGCGUGUUCAAUUACCUACGUGAACCAUUCCUCAUUUCUUGGGAUGGUAUACAGCAGAGAAGGAACUCAUGGCAGGAUGGAGUUUAUGGCACAAACUGUCCAAUCCUACCAGGGAAGAACUUCACUUACAAUAUCCAAGUCAAGGAUCAGAUUGGUAGCUUUUUCUACUUCCCGUCCUUUUUGUUCCACAAAGCAGCUGGAGGGUUUGGCGGCAUCAGAAUCUGGAGCCGUCCUAAGAUUCCGGUUCCUUUCCCUAAUCCUGCUGGAGACUUCACUGUAUUAGCUGGUGACUGGUAUAAGACUAAUCAUUAUAUACUGAGACGAAGCUACUUGGAGUUUGGUCGCAAUCUUCCCUCCCCUGAUGGGCUUCUCAUCAAUGGUCGUGGCUGGAAUGGAUACACAUUUACUGUUGAUCAAGGGAGGACAUAUAGGUUCAGGAUAUCAAAUGUGGGGCUUACAACAUCCAUUAACUUCAGAAUUCAGGGACACAAGUUGAAACUGGUUGAGGUAGAAGGGUCUCAUACACUCCAGAACAUCUAUGACUCCCUUGACAUCCAUCUUGGACAGUCCUAUUCUGUCCUGGUCACAGCUGAUCAGCCUAUCCAGGACUACUACGUCGUUGUCUCCUCGCGCUUCACCCCUCGAGUACUCACCACAACAGCCGUUCUUCACUACAGCAAUUCGCGCAAGGGAGUUUCAGGUCCUCUCCCUUGGGGUCCUAGCACACAGGUUGCUUGGUCCCUCAGCCAGGCAAGAUCUAUCCGCUGGAACUUGACAGCAAGUGGACCAAGGCCUAAUCCCCAAGGCUCCUACCACUACGGAUUGAUCAAGCCGGCCCGGACAAUCAUGCUUGCAAACUCUGCUCCUUAUAUCAAUGGGAAGCAGAGGUUUGCUGUCAAUAGUGUCUCAUAUGUUCAACCAGACACUCCUUUAAAACUUGCUGACUACUUCAAGAUUCCGGGGGUUUUCAGCGUUGGAAGCAUACCUACCAACCCCACAGGGGGAAGCGGCUACCUCCAGACCUCCGUCAUGCACGCGAAUUUCCGAGAGUACGUCGAGCUUGUGUUCCAGAAUUGGGAAGAUACCGUGCAGUCAUGGCACAUUGAUGGCUAUUCAUUCUUUGUAAUGGGGAUGGAUGGAGGACAGUGGACACCGGCAAGUAGAGCACGUUACAAUUUGAGAGACACAAUUGCACGUAGCACAACUCAGGUGUAUCCGAGGUCAUGGACUGCAAUAUACGUGGCACUGGACAAUGUGGGAAUGUGGAACGUGAGGUCUGAGAACUGGGCCAGGCAGUAUUUGGGCCAGCAGUUCUAUCUGAGAGUCUACUCUCCUGCAAAUUCAUGGAGAGAUGAAUACCCAAUUCCAAGAAAUGCUCUGCUUUGUGGCAGGGCAAGAGGCCGUCGCACUAGGCCUCUCUGA